AUGACCGAGCCGUCGGAGAAACUCCUCUCUGAUAUCCAGGGCAAGAUCGACCGUGAAGUCAAGCUUAUUCUGGGCUUCCAGGCAUUGCGUAAGAAUACCAACAACCCAGAGGUGAUCCAGAGAUGCAACAAUCAGAUCAGAGAAACACAGUCGAACAUCGAGUAUCUUCAACAGACAUAUGAUAAGCUCACAUUGCAGGCUGCGCCUGUGGCUGAACGACAGGCCAACCCUGCGCCUUUGUACUCGCGUUUUGAUCUCAUUAAGUAUGAUUGUCCAUCGUUAGGCCAUAAGAUCCAGUACAUGCUCCAACAGCUCGAGUUCAAGCUCCAGGUGGAGAACCAGUAUCGCACGGCGAAUGAGAAAAUCUCACACUUGUACUUGAUGGAUGGCGACAAGUCGUCUUCUAGUGCUGCUGAGGGAGGGAAACUCGAGUCGGAUCAAAGGAUCCAGCUUCUCAAUCGUUCGUUGAAGAAGUAUCAAGGCAUGCAUGUCAGCGUCGACGAGGUGAGUAGAGACUUGGAAAUCAUGAACAUGCCCAAGUAUGCUCGCAAGCCGCUCAGUGGAAACCUCAUUGUCACCAUUACCUGUGUGCGUGACGUUGACCACAUUGCCUCUCCAAUGUUCAACAAGAAACCCGAAUCGGCCGUGUCCAUCAAGGUUGAUGACGUGGAGAAGGCCAGAACAAAUCCAUCCCGGAGCGGCAAAUUCAACGAAGAAUUCAACAUCCCUGUCGACAAAGCAAAUGAAAUGGAGAUCACUGUGUACGACAAACAGGGGACCCAGCAGGUACCUGUCGCACUUGCAUGGAUUCUUCUCUCGGAUAUUGCGGAAGAGAUUCGUAAAAAGAAGGUCGCGCUCGAGAUGGGUAGCGACGGAUGGAUGCCUGCCUCGCGUAUUUCCACCCAAAACUAUGCUGGAACCGCUCCCUCAAGUACAACUAGUGAGCACUUCCCCGAGUCUGCGGAGGUCAAUCGCAAUCUCAAUGCUUCUCCAACUGGCAAGGCUGAAGAUAGAAACAAACUGACCCAGGUAUCGGCUUGGCUUAACCUCGAGCCUGCCGGCCAGAUUCUCGUGUCACUUACUUUUGAGAAGUCUACCAAUGUAGGUAGAUCUGCAUUUAUGGGUGCGCUUGGCCGUCAUGGUGCUAUCAGGCAAAAGAAGGAGGAAGUGUUUGAGCAACACGGUCACCAGUUUGUUCAAAAACAGUUCUACAAUAUUAUGUGCUGCGCGUUGUGUGGUGAGUUUUUGAGAUACUCUGGAUUCCAGUGUCAGGAUUGUCGACUUUUGUGCCACAAGAAGUGUUACGAAAAGGUAGUUACCAAGUGUAUCUCCAAACUGGGUGCUAGUUCUGAAGAUGAAGCUAAGUUGAACCACCGUAUCCCACACAGAUUCGAGCCUGUUCUGAACCGUGGUACUAAAUGGUGUUGCCAUUGUGGUCACAUUUUACCUUGGGGAAGAAAGAAUGUCCGCAAGUGUUCCGAGUGUAGCGUCAUGUGUCAUACCCAGUGUACCCAUUUGGUCCCUGACUUCUGUGGAAUGUCCAUGGAAAUGGCUAAUAAGAUUCUCACCACUAUCAAGUCUACCAAGCCAGUGAAUGUGGGUUCAACAUCUCCACAAAGAAAAGAACUUCCUCCUAUUGUACCCGCGAAAGAGACCACUCCGCAGAGAUUGCCAGUCCAGCCACCUAGAAUGGACUCGAGCUACUCUAACAAUAGUCUGAACUUAACUCAAGAAGAAAGCCGUUCUUCAGACUUCUCUAAUCAUUCAACGGUUGCAUUGCAACACCCAUAUCAUCAAUUCCAAACACAAAACUAUACGCAGAAUGCGCCAGAGGCUGACGAGGACCAGGAAUAUCAAGCUUCAAAAUUGCCAACUCAUAAUAGUAUGCAAUUCCAAGAGCAUGUGCAACAUCCCUAUGAGCAAACGGCCUCACAUAGGCGGGCACCGAUGUCUGAGGAACCCUCGUAUUAUCCGCAGACACAAGACCCUGGCUACAACCAAGAGCAAUUUUCCAAUGUGCAUAAAAGCUUCAUGGAAGAGCCCUCUGAAAUCCAAGGCCCUUACAGUGGAACUGAUAACUCAGCUCAAACUAUGCAAAACCCCUUCGAAGUACAGGAGUCAAGUGCUCCCUACGCCUCUCUCGACAACACGACAUUGUCAUCCCAGAGACUUAGUUCCUCUCAAGUUCCAGAGUUGACUCACUCGGAACACCAUACACGUUCUCAUAAACAGAAAAGAAGACGCAGAAAGAUUGGUUUGGAUGACUUUGAGUUCCUUGCUGUGCUUGGAAAAGGUAAUUUCGGUAAGGUUAUGCUAGCAGAACUGAGACAAACGAAAAAAUUGUGUGCCAUUAAAGUUUUGAAAAAGGAUUUCAUUGUUUCGCACGAUGAAGCCGAGAGCGUUAAAUCUGAGAAACGAGUGUUUUUAGUUGCGAGCCAAGGUCCUAAUCCAUUCUUCUUGAACUUGCAUUGCUGCUUUCAAACAGAAAACAGAAUCUACUUCGUUAUGGAAUAUGUAUCAGGUGGUGAUUUGAUGUGGCACAUUCAGAAAAAUAGAUUCUCCGCUCGCCGAGCUAAAUUCUAUUCAUGUGAAGUUUUAUCAGCCUUGCAUUUCUUCCAUCAGAACGGUAUUGUAUACCGUGAUUUGAAACUAGAUAACAUUCUUUUGACCACACUGGGUCAUAUCAAACUUGGAGACUAUGGUUUGUGUAAGGAGAAUAUGUGGCAUGGCAGUACAACUUCCACGUUCUGUGGAACUCCAGAAUUCAUGGCUCCUGAGAUCAUUGCUAACAAGCCAUAUGGUAGAUCAGUUGAUUGGUGGGCCUUUGGAGUCUUAAUGUUUCAAAUGAUGUUAUGCCAAAGUCCAUUUAAGGGUGAUGAUGAAGAUGACGUUUUCAACGCCAUCGAGCACGAUGAGGUCAGGUACCCUAUCAGCAUGCCUCGCCUGACAGUUCUUGUUUUACAAGCCUUGCUUGACAAAGAUCCUCUUUCGCGUCUUGGCUCAGGUGAAACUGAUGCCGAAGAAAUUAUGAAGCAUGCAUACUUCGAAGAUGUCAACUUCGAGGAUGUGAGGAACUUGCGGAUUGAACCACCAUUUGUCCCCGAACUAAAGAGCGAUCAAGACUGCUCUAAUUUCGAUGAAGAAUUUACUAAUGAAACACCCAGAUUGACUCCGGUUGAGACUGUUUUGACUUCGGAAAUGCAAGAGCAAUUCAGAGGUUUCUCUCAUAUAUCUGACAACAUUCUGAUAUAA